AUGUUGAUCAAACGCGAAAUCACCCUGGCGCCGAUCGCCUUUAUGCACCUCAACUUCUCCUUCCCGGACUGUACCAAGCCACCGCUCUCCUCCAAUGCCAUCUGCAACCCUUCGCUCGACUACUACACGCGAGCCUCCGCCCUCGUCAACGAAUUCAACACCACCGAGCUCGUCAACAACACCAUCAACUACGCUCCCGGCGUCCCGCGUCUCGGCGUGCCCAACUACCAGUGGUGGACUGAGGCGCUGCACGGAGUAGCUGGAAGUCCCGGUGUCAAUUUUAAUGAGGACGAGUCGGCAGAGUAUGGUUCUGCGACGAGUUUCCCCCAGAUCAUCAACUUGGGUGCUACGUUCGACGACGGGCUUUAUCAGCAGGUGGCUUCGCACAUUGCGAACGAGACGAGGGCGUACAGCAACGCUGGGAAGGCAGGGUUGAACCUGUACAGUCCUCUCAACAUCAACGCCUUCCGCGAUCCUAGGUGGGGUCGUGGACAGGAGACGGUCGGUGAGGACCCGCUUCACCUCAGUCGGUUCGCCGUCAAAGUCGUACACGGUCUCCAAGGUCCGCAGGCGCAAGACGACAAGAACCCGCGUCUCACCGUCGCCGCUACGUGCAAGCACUAUCUCGCAUACGACAUCGAAGAGUACGAUGGGGUGGAGAGGUACCAGUACAACUCGAUCGUCUCAAAGCAGGAUCUGGCGGACUUCUACCUGCCUCAGUUCCGUGCUUGUGUCAGGGAUGGAGGGGCCACGACGUUGAUGACUUCGUACAACGCGGUCAACAGCGUACCCCCCUCCGCGUCGAAGUACUACCUCGAAACGUUGGCGAGGAAGACGUGGGGGUUGGACAGGCACAACAACUACGUUACUUCGGACUGCGAUGCCGUCGCCAACGUGUACGACGGUCACCACUACGCCGACAACUACGUCCAGGCUGCUGCGGACAGCAUCAACGCCGGCACGGAUCUCGACUGCGGCGCCACCUACUCGGACAACCUCAACGCCGCUCUCCAGCAGAACCUGACCGAUGUCAAGACGAUCCGUCGUGCCGUUACGCGGAUGUUCGGAUCGCUCGUGCGACUGGGUUACUUCGACAAGGCGGAAGGGCAGCCUUUGAGGCAGUUGGGUUGGAAGGAUGUUAACGGGAAAGCGGCGCAGGAUCUGGCGUACACUUCGGCGGCGCAGAGUUUGACGUUGUUGAAGAAUGUCCAGAAAACACUUCCACUGGAAGAGAAGGAUACGAGGGGGAAGAAGAUCGCGCUGAUCGGACCGUAUACGAAUGCGACGGUUGCGCUGCGUGGCAACUACGCAGGACCCUCGCCCUUCGUCAUCACCAUGCUUCAAGCCGCUCAAAACACCUUCGCCGACUCGACGAUCGUCUCUGCCAACGGAACCAACAUCACCGGCGCCUACAACCCCACCCUCGCCUCGGCCGCUCUCGACGCUGCUCGAGACAGCGACACGAUCAUCUUCGCCGGAGGAAUCGACCCCACCGUGGAAGGGGAGGCCAACGACCGGCUCAACAUCACCUGGCCUCCCGCGCAGCUGCAGUUGAUCGACGAACUGAGCAAGCUCAACAAGAAGCUCGUCGUCAUCCAGUUCGGUGGUGGACAGAUCGAUGGAGCUGCGCUGAAGGCGAACCCGAAGGUAGGGGGGUUGUUGUGGGCGGGGUAUCCGGGACAGAGUGGUGCGCAGGCGGUGAUGGACGUAGUGGCGGGUAAGAUGAGUCCGGCUGGAAGGCUGCCCAUCACGCAGUACCCGGGAAGCUACACCGACGGUCUGCCCGAGUCCAAGAUGGCCUUGAGACCGGAUGCAGCCACCAACUACCCGGGAAGAACGUACAAGUGGUACUCGGGCAACGCGACCUAUCCCUUCGGCUACGGAUUGCACUAUACGACCUUUGCGGCUUCCAUCAAGAGUCCUUCCGAGUACACGAUCCCCUCUUCGACCAGCAACUACGCGGAACACGAAACGGUAGCAGACAUCGAGGUGACGUUGCACAACACGGGAAAGACGACCUCGGACUACGCAGCACUGCUCUUCGCCAAGCACAGCAACGGUCCAGCUCCCUAUCCGAAGAGGAGCUUGGCAGGGUACACGAAGGUGAAAUCGGUGAAGCCGGGGGAGAAGAGACAGGUGGUGGUCAAGGUGACCCAGGCGGCGUUGGCGAGGGCGGACGCGGGGGGCAAUGAGAUUCUGUACCCGGGCGAGUAUACGUUGGAGUUAGAUACCGAGGAAGGCGUGGAGAAGGUGUUGGCGAGCACCAAGUUGAGGUUGAUGGGGCAGGAGAAGAAUGUGAUCCCGUGGGUGAAGGGGGAUAUGUCGUGA